ACCAUGCUCAGCGGUUAAUUCAAUUGUUUGCCGACAGUUCCUGAAAGUCGAAAGGUAGUUGAGGAGUUUAACCUCCACAUAAUAAGUCACUGAAAAGCUGCGCACAUACCUAGGCCAAUCGCAAAAUCGCGUGAAUAUCUCACCGCUCAACUCAGUGGACAACAUGGAUCCCGACUGUUUUGCAAUGUCUUCUUAUCAGUUUGUGAAUUCGCUAGCUUCUUGCUAUCCACAACAAAUGAACCAGCAGCAAAAUCAUGUGGGGACUCCAAGCGGAGGGACUAACACCACCACUAGCAAUGGAGGUCCAGGUGCGGGCGGUGGAGGCAGUGGUUCCGGCGGACAGGGCAGCUCAGGUCCCGGCACACCCGGUGGAAAUGAUUAUUUCCCUACCGCCGCUGCUUAUUCUCCUAAUCUGUAUCCCAACACACCGCAGGCGCACUAUGCCAAUCAAUCGGCCUACAGCUUAGGUGGAUCGGGCGGUGGUACCCAACAGAAUCCUGACAUGGUGGAUUACACUCAGUUGCAGCCGCAACGUCUGCUGCUACAACAGCAGCAGCAGCACGCCCACGCGACGGCGCAACAUACCGCUCAACAACAGCAACAGCCACAUCCGCAGCAACAACACCCGCAACAACAACCGACGCCACAACAAACUAACAUUAGUUGUAAAUACGCCAAUGAUCCCUCAACGCCUACCGGUAACAAUAACAACACUAACGCCAGUAACAACAACACUAACACGCAAUCUCUAGCCAGUCCCCAAGAUUUGUCGACGCGAGAGAUCUCACCGAAAUUGUCACCCACUUCAGUGGUGGAGAGUGUGGCAAGAUCGCUGAAUAAAGGCGUGCUGGGUGGCAAUCUAGUGGUGGCGGCAGCUGCCGCGAACGUAACCAACAAUCACGGCGGUGGUGGUGGUGGAGUCGGUAGCGCUGGCGUGAAUAUUAACGUUAGCGUAAAUGUGCCAAUGCACAGUCCCGGCGGUGGCGACUCCGACUCGGAAAGUGAUAGCGGCAAUGAGGCUGGCAGUAGCCAAAAUAGUGGCAACUGUAAGAAGAAUCCGCCACAGAUAUAUCCGUGGAUGAAGCGAGUACAUUUAGGACAAAGUACUGUAAAUGCCAACGGUGAGACGAAACGACAACGGACCUCAUACACCCGCUACCAGACGUUAGAAUUAGAGAAAGAAUUCCAUUUUAAUCGUUACCUGACCCGCCGAAGACGCAUCGAAAUUGCGCACGCACUCUGCCUCACCGAACGACAGAUCAAAAUCUGGUUCCAAAAUCGACGAAUGAAAUGGAAAAAGGAGCACAAAAUGGCUUCCAUGAAUAUCGUACCCUAUCACAUGGGCCCCUACGGUCAUCCAUAUCAUCAAUUCGAUAUCCACCUGUCACAAUUUGCUCACCUGAGUGCAUAGGACGCGUGGCACUUUUCGGGUACUGGUUAGAGACUCAAUCAGUUGUAUCAGGAACCAUAUCAGGCGGCGGCAGCGGCUAGUGUAGCAGCCGGCGGCUAUCAGACACAGAACGCACAAGACGCCGGCAUGCCGCUGGGCGGUGGUGCCGGUGUAGGUGUUGGUGUGGGAGUCGGUGCGGGCGGCGGAAAUUCGCUGUUCGCUUCCGCGACCGCCUCCAACGCUGAAUGUGUCAAAUAUCCGCAAGAGUUCUGAUCUCAAGUUAUCUUCAGGGAACAUCAACAGCAAUUGCAACACCAACAGGAGCAUCAGCUACAUCUACAACAAGAACAAUACCAACAACCACAACAUCUACAACAACACCUGCCAAACCAUCAAAGCCAUCUUGGUUUCCAGUUAGAACGUAUUUCGGAGUUGCCACUCUGUCAAGAGAAGGAUUUGUGUGAAGACACAGAGUCGACUGAACUGGAGCUCAAGAAUGAAAUCGUUAGUGGUUGUAACAUGUUUUGUUGCUGAGAGAUGCUGAUGUUGCUGUUGCGAUGAAGCUGUAGAUACUUCAUACGCUGCUGCUAGCUGCUAGCGACAGCUAACAAAAUGAACAACGAUGAUAAUUUCUGAAUGCAACUGAUUUGUGUUAAGCAAGCAACGAGCCUUCAAGUAAAUGCGUUUAGUACUCCUGUGGAGGGUUUGUGUCUAUCGCCUACUCUUCCGGGAGAGGCUCGUGCAGGUUUAUGAUACUGGUCAGUAAGGAGGAAUUUCAACAAAAUUUUCGAUUGCUUUGGAAUCCCGUAAAUUCGUCGAAUUUACAUUGAAAAUCCUCUAUAUAUAUGUGUAUAUAUGUACCUUAAAAGAAAUGAAGGAUUCAAAUUGGAGCGCCUCCGUUUCGUCCUCUUUUUCGUGGAAAUACGAAAACCGUCCAGUAUGAUAAACCGCUAUAUUCUCUAAGCAGUAUUCGAAAAGCCAUUAGAUGUAAGAAAACACAUAGCGCUGUCAUCAGCUCACAAGCUUGGAAAGUUCAAUGAAAUUAAAAUCCUAAUAGUGAUAUUAUUGUAUACGAAAUUUUUGAACUUUUUUAAUGUCCAUUUACCUUCAUAUUUAGAUUGUGUAAAUUUUAAUUUAAUUGAUUUAAAUUACUUACAAUUUGAAAAGACAAUGAAGGCAGGCUUGUUGCCGAUAGUAGCGCCGCGUUAGUAUAAUUGUCAAACUGUAGGCAAGUAAUUUAAGGUUUGUGGCUGCACUUAACCUGCAGCUCUCAAACGAAAGCUCUUACACAGCGCAUCUCAAACUGUUUACGAUUUUAGUUCAUGAUGUGCCUGGUGCCGCUAAAACUGUCGAUUUGCCAAUCGGUUUGGGAACGAAAUACCCUACAGGAAUCGGUUAGGGACCAAAUUCCACAACCGGAUGUGACACCAUUGUCAACAUUGAUAGAGAACUUGGAAAACUUGAACUUAGCCAAAUGCUGUUUGCGAGCGAAUCGUGGUGUCUGUACUUAAUUUGGUUUAUUGGUUAAAUAUGUACGUUUCAAAAUAAGUAUUAAAAUGAAUUUCGCACUUUCACUCAAAAAUAUGUGUAUAUAGUAUAUUCGUAUUAGAAAUAUCUGUUCAACUUUUAAAUUGGUUAAUAUCUAAGUAGCUUUAAUUUGUUUUUAUUGUCGUUGAAUUCUUUAGAAUCUCCGCACUAGGAAAAUUCGCAGUUGGACUUAAUAAGCACGUGAUUUUAGAAAUCUUUUAAGAGUAAAAAUUUGUAACAAAAAAGUAAAACAAAUUCGGGGAAAACAGGGCAUUUCGUUAGCACACAGUCAUAAAUAAUUUAAGAAAAAAAAUAAUAUUGGUUUCCCACGCUUCAAAUUACAAGACUAAAUGUGUUCUACACUAUUUUCAACAAUGUUUUAUUUAAAACAUUGUAUGUAUGUACGUACAUAGAUAUGUUUGUAUGUACAUAUCUAUGUAUGUAUGUAUAAUUCUUAUCGGUAGCAUAAUUUUCAAGUGUAUUGAUACUGACAACAACAAUUUUUAGUAAACAUUUUUAUCAAUAAACCCCUUUUGAACACAACUUUG